UUUUUCCUCUCCACAUGGCCCUGAACCUCCCCUGUUAACUUUUCAUUCUAUUCCACAGCUGAUUUCUAGGGGGAGCAAGUUAAGAGCAGAGGGCCAUGGGGAACAAAAAGAGUUGGGAUGUGGAGCUCAAUGGGACUGUGCUUGUGCCAGAGACAAAGGAAAAUCCACGGAAGGGGAAGGAUGAGCUUGAAGAAAGAGGCCAGUGGACCAACAAAGUAGAGUAUGUACUUUCUGUGGCUGGAGAGAUCAUCGGUCUGGGAAACGUUUGGCGAUUUCCUUAUCUCUGCUACAAGAAUGGAGGUGGGGCCUUCUUAAUUCCAUAUGCCAUCUUCCUCUUUAUCUGUGGAAUUCCAGUCUUCCUCUUGGAGACAGCCUUGGGACAAUACACCAGUCAAGGAGGAAUCACUGCCUGGAGAAAGAUCUGCCCUAUCUUUGAAGGAAUUGGAUAUGCUUCACAAGUGAUUGAAUCCUAUCUGAAUAUUUAUUACAUUGUCAUACUGUCUUGGGCCCUAUUUUACCUCUUUAACUCCUUCUCACCUGUAUUGCCCUGGUCCAAUUGCAACAAUUACUGGAACUCAGAGUAUUGUGUGGAGGUUCUGAAUGUCUCCGACUCUGGGAAUAAUACUAACGCCACCUCUCCAGUUAUCGAGUUUUGGGAGAGGCGAACGCUGAAAAUAGCAGAAGGCCUUCACGAUCUGGGCACUGUGCGCUGGGAGUUGGCUCUCUGCCUCUUGCUGGCCUGGAUCAUCUGCUAUUUUUGCAUCUGGAAAGGAGUCAAAUCCUCUGGCAAAGUAGUCUACUUCACUGCCACUUUCCCUUACCUAAUGUUGAUUGUGCUGCUAAUUCGAGGAGUCACUCUCCCUGGGGCGUUAGAUGGAAUUAUAUUCUACUUAAACCCAGAUGUUUCCAGAUUGGCUGAUCCUCAGGUAUGGAUGGAUGCAGGCACUCAGAUCUUCUUUUCAUAUGCCAUUUGCCAAGGAUGCUUGACAGCUCUUGGCAGCUACAACAAAUAUAACAACAAUUGUUACAGAGAUACCUUCAUGCUCUGUUUCCUGAACAGUGCCACAAGCUUUGUGGCGGGCUUUGCCAUCUUCUCUGUCUUGGGCUUCAUGGCGCAGGAACAAGGUGUCCCCAUUUCGAAAGUAGCUGAAUCAGGUCCUGGCCUAGCAUUUAUUGCUUACCCCAAAGCAGUAACCAUGAUGCCUAUAUCUCAGCUGUGGGCCUCUUUGUUCUUCCUUAUGCUGAUCUUCUUGGGGCUGGACAGUCAAGAGCUGAUCGUUUUUAUGACAAUAUUGAAGAUAUGAUUGGCUACAGACCCUGGCCCCUGAUUAAAUAUUGCUGGCUCUUCCUCACACCUGGUCUUUGUCUGGCUACCUUCCUGUUUUCACUCAUUAAAUAUGAACCCCUCAAAUACAACAACGUUUAUGAAUAUCCUCCGUGGGGGAUAGCAGUCGGUUGGGUGUUGGCCUUGUCCUCUAUGAUCUGCGUACCGUCCUACAUUAUAUUCAGCUUCCUGAAAACCAAAGGAUCUUUCAAAGAGCGCUUACGCCAGCUCACUACUCCAUCAGAAGACUUGCCCCAGCCAAAGAAGCAUCUGAUGGGCACUUCUGGACGUGAAUGUUCUGAUGUGGGAUCCCAGCAUCCAGUCAAGGAAGUGCUUGGCAAGACAGGGAAGGAAACCAACUUCUAGAGCUUUCUGACAUUCUGGAAGAGUCUCUUCAUAUUUCUGAAGACGUCUACUUCUAUCCAGGUUGAGUUUCCUCCGAGGUCUUCCUUAUUCUCUUAAGAUGUCAGCAAUUUCUAAGAACGGAUCACUGGAUGGAAAGGAACCAACCCUUGCUUUUUCUAUCAGCACAAGAGCAACUGUAAAGUCAUCGCAGUGAAGAGGACCACAGCUCAAAAUCUUCAUGAAAUUCUUCUCAUUGACAUCGUUGGAGAAGGGAACUAUGCUGCAUAUACACUCUAUCCUUGAACUGUGUUGUUUUCUGUUUGCAAGAAUUAAAUACACAGCCUGAUCAGUACCUGAAAACCACCUGUUGAAGCUGGUCAACCUGACUCAUCCUUUCUUUAAUCAUUCUUCCACUGCUACCUCUACUCUUUGAUGCCAUGUCAAUGAUUCUGUGAAAAAAAACCACUAAUCCAGGAACCUCUGAGAUUAGCUAAAUGUGUGUGACGGCAGGAUGAAUGCAUCUUGGACAACUUUGAUGGAUUACUCUUUUUUUUUUCUAUUGUUCUCAAUGGUUUACAUUAAUGUGUACAGGUGAAGGCAAAUAUCAUACCACUCUGUUUGGACUUUCUAAAUUAAAGUUGACUGAACAGUCUCUCCCGCUGGGGUUGCCCAAAGGAGGGGAAAAUGGCAAAUUGGAAGCAAAAUAAUUUUGUGAGAUACUUUCCUUCACAUUCUCUCUUUCAUCUUUUGGAGAAAAAAUUGGCACCAAAAGGCUGACAGUCCUUCAGUUUGAAUAUACCUCAUCUGACAUUGCUUCGUGUGACAUCCUUAAGUUGGUGGAAAACUAGAGGAAAAAAAAUGUGACUCGAAUGGGAGCUGCUGUAAAAAAGGAAACGCCAAAAUUGCCUUAGUGUGUGUGGGAAACACAUAAGAAAGAACCAACUUGGGAAUAGCAAUAGCACUUAGACUUAUAUACCGCUUUACAAUGCUUUACAGCCCUCUCUAAGUGGUUUA